ACAACCCGUUUGCUUGGCUAAAAAAGGGAAAGAAAUAAAAGUUCGCAGCUUUCUAUUUGCGUCUGCGCGCAGCCUCUGCUUUCCACCCUUUCAGAUUCAUCUCCAUUAUCCAUUUUCAUUCCAAAUCCAAGUUCUUGCACGUUUUGGAGGAUGUAUGGCCAUGGCGGUGGUGGUUCAUCCGAUGCGAUUUCCAGAGAUAUGAAUUCUUUGCUCUAUUCGUCAACGUUCAAGCAUCCGGCCGACGGAGAGUUUGCAAAGAUCAAGCAGUUGAUUUCUUUAGAUCCUUAUCCCAACUACGAUCAUCAUGAUCAUAACCAGCAGCAACAAGACGAGAAUCAUGGCUCAAAUCACAGCUCUUUAUUGCGUUAUCGUUCGACUCCCAGCUCAUUCUUUUCGAAUCUACUCGACGAUAAUGGAGAUGAGGAGUUUCCAGAUCCGGUAACCGCCUCCUCGAACCACCAGUCCAAGGCGGAGGAAAGCUACUUCACCGGGAACCAACAAAAGAAAUCUGAAUCUGAUGCACGUGACUUUCUACAGUUUGAGUCGUCGUCGUCAAAGCCGGAAAGGAAAGAAUCGGCGAUUCAGAACCAGGAUCUUCCACCUCCGUCGACGGCUGCGAUGCACGGUGGCAGUUCACGGCGAGCGCCUAAUUUGCCACCGUCUAACAACAACAGUAGUUAUGGUUAUACAAAUCAAAAUAAUUUGGAUUCUGCAUCGUCUUUUAGAGUUAUGGAUUCAACCAGCUCGAAUCUCAUCAGACAGAGUAGCUCGCCAGAUGGAUUUCUGUCCUGUUUGACCGUUGACAAUGGUUUUGGUGGCAUGAAAGAUGCGAGAAAAGGCAGUUCAUCGAGCUCUUCGUUGAAUAACCAUAUCAGUUUCUCAUUAGGCCCAUCCUCUUCAUCAAGAUUCUUGCCGCAGAUAGUCGAAAAUGAGAGCGACUCCACCUUCGGUAGCUUGAAGAGGAGCAGAGAUGGUGGUUUGAAGAUGCCACAGAAUGGAGAGGCUGGAAACCAUAUUCCUAGUUUGGUUCACCAUAUGAGCUUGCCAAAAACUUCAUCAGAAAUGGCUGAUGUUGAAAACAUCUUGCAUUUCCAACAAGAAUCGUUGGUCCCCUGGAAAGCACGCGCAAAAAGAGGAUUCGCUACACACCCACGAAGCAUCGCCGAGAGGGUGAGAAGAACCCGAAUAAGCGAAAGAAUCAAAAGGCUUCAAGAACUUUUCCCUAACAUGGACAAGCAAACUAAUACAGCAGAUAUGUUGGAUAUGGCUGUUGAGUACAUUAAAGACCUCCAGAAAGAACUGCAGAGUUUGAACGAAGCUCAAGCCCGCUGCAAGUGUUCAAGCAAACAAUUACAGCCGGGUUCGACCAUGUAGCUUGGCUUUUCUGUACAGAUUUGUGUUCGAAUCAGCAGGUACCCGCCGGAAAUCCUCAAAAACUUAGGGUCGAAAGCUGGUUUAUCUUGUAAAUGAUGUAUGUGUUAAUUAGACAACAUAUUGUACUUUUAAUUUGAGGAUUAGAUGCAACCCAAAAUGGAUCAAGAACCUUGUGAUC